UCUUGAGAAGAUAUAUAUAAGGUUAUAAACUUUAUUAGUGAAAGUUAUGGAAAGCAGAAAAAGAAAACAAGAACUGACACGGCGAAGAGUAGAUAGACAUCGUAAAGUUUGUCGCCAAGUUAAUGAUAAAAAAUCUCUUGAUAUUGCAGAUUUAAAGGAAACGAUAAUAAAGGCUUAUCAAAGCCAAAGUUUGCAGUUAACGCAAAUUCAUACAAAACUUGUAGAAGUAAAGAAAUUGCUGGAAGACUUGCCAAAACUAUUAGCACAGAGAGAUGAGCAAGCCACAAUGUCGCAACGAAAACGAAAAAUGGAACUCGCACCUAUGCAGAAUAUGGAGCAGUUCGUUACGUUAGAACAAAAGCUGCAUGAUGAUCCAACCUUUUACGAAGAACUUGUACAUUUAUAUUAAACUUUAAUACAAUUGUCAUAUUUUAUUGAUA